ACACUUGCCUGAAAGCACACUCCUCUCUUUCUCUCUCCACUGUAGAGGAAGUGUAGAGAGAGAAGGGAAGAUACGCAUAUGUGGGGAUGAGUAAAGCAAAGACCAUGUUGUUGUUGUUGUAGUUAGGGUUUUCUUUGAACUUAAAGCAGAAUAAAAGAAAAACUCAUUAAAGAAAUUGGAAAAAGCUACUCUCAGAGAGACACACAGUAGAAGAAGAGAGAAGAGAGUAUAAAAACUGAGGAGAGCGGAAUGUUGGUACCCAUUUGAACCCGAAUCGGAGGAUCCGAUUACGCAAGUCCGAGAUCUCAGAAGAUUGACCUCCCAGAUACAUUUCGAUUUCAAUGAUCGUUCUCACAUUGCUUCAAAUGUUUCUGAGACUAGGGUUUUUGGCAUGUGGUUCUAUGGUUUGAUUAGGUGAUUUUGCUGAAGUACAUCUGGGUAUAUGAAUAAUUUAGGGAAGCGAUAACCUGAAGCAGGGGUAAGAUGAAGUCUGCUAUGGCAAUUGAUUAUGCUGUGUUCCAAUUGUCGCCAAAGCGCACACGAUGUGAGUUGUUUGUCUCGAGUAAUGGAAACACUGAGAAGCUUGCAUCGGGAUUAGUGAAGCCAUUUGUGACCCAUUUAAAGGUUGCGGAAGACCAGGCUGCGCUUGCAGUUCAGACAAUUAAACUUGAAAUUGAGAAUCACAAGCAUGCUGAGACGUGGUUCACAAAAGGAACACUUGAAAGGUUUGUCCGGUUUGUUAGUACACCCGAGGUCUUGGAGAUGGUGAACACAUUUGAUGCAGAGAUGUCUCAGUUGGAAGCAGCCCGGAGAAUAUAUUCUCAAGGUGCCGGAGAUCAGCAAUCUGGUGCAUUAGGUGGGGAUGCUACAGGGGCGACAAGGGCAGCAGAUGCAACAAAGAAGGAGCUUCUGAGGGCUAUCGAUGUACGGCUUGUUGCGGUUAGGCAGGACUUGACCACCGCUUGUGCUCGUGCAUCAGCUGCUGGUUUUAACCCCGAUUCAGUCUCUGAACUGCAGUUUUUUGCAGAUCAGUUCGGCGCACAUCGCUUGAACGAAGCUUGCACCAAAUUUAUCUCACUGUACCAGAGAAGAUCGGACCUACUCAACUCAUGGAAGCCAAGUGUCGACGAUCGAGCUGUCAGAUCAUCGAUAGGGUCCGACAUGUCAAUCGAUGAUCCCAUGGAAGACACAAUUGGGUCCCACUACGAACACCACUCAGCCGGUCAAGACCAACUACAACAACGUAUGUACCACCUUAACCAAUCGCUAGCCUCCACUUGUCAACAGCCCAAGUCCCUCGCCACUAGUGCUGCCACCUUCCCCGCCCGACACGACCUCAACGAGAAAAGGGAACCUAGGGACGAACCGACCCAGCCAGAGCCCGAUGCGCUGAACAAAAAGAAAGAGGAGGCUUUGACCGAGUCUUCUUCCAUUGCAGCGAGUCAACCCGCCAGGCGGCUCAGCGUGCAGGACCGCAUCAACCUCUUCGAGAACAAGCAGAAAGAGAAUUCGGGUGGCAAACCCAUCGUGGGGAAGCCUCUGGAGCUGCGGAGGCUCUCGUCCGAUGUUUCGUCUGGGCCUACGGCAGCAGAGAAGGCUGUUUUGCGAAGAUGGAGCGGUGUGAGCGACAUGAGCAUUGACUUGAGUGGGGAGAAGAAGGAUGUAGAGAGCCCUUUGUGUACGCCAUCGUAUGCUUCUUCUGUUUCUCAUUCGCAGGAUAAGUCGAUUAAUAUAUUUUCUGGUGCAUUAGAUGAUAAGGACCGGAAGGGUUUGAACAACACUCAGUGCUCGUCUAAGGUUGAUUCAAAGUGUGGUUCUGAUAGAGAUGGUGAUGUUGGUUUGAAAGAUCAAAUUGAAGUCCAUGGCUUGGUUAGUGGGAUUUUGGAUAAAGAGGAAGAGGUGGGAUCAAAGGUGCGGACAAAUUGGAAUGAUCAAGCACGAUCUCAAGACCAAUUCGGGGCUCUUACUGGUAGAGCAGAGCCGGCUGGGGUGAAUGACCUUGUGGUUUCCAAGGAGAAGUUAAAAGUUUCUUUGGCUCACGAAGAGAGUGUUGGUGGGGUUAAAGAUCAAGUGGUUAUUGAGGCUCAGCCGAGAGGCUUUUCUACCCGGACUGAGGUUGUUGGAAAGAAGAAUCAGGUUGUAACUUUUGCAAACAAGGCAGGGGAUGGCACAUAUGAUGGUGGAUUUGUCAAUAGAGUGGAGGAUUCUGAACUGGGAGAUCAGGCGGUGACUCAGACACGUUCUAGGGGUUCUCAGAGUCAUUUCCGCUCUUUUUCAGGACAGUUUGAUGGUGGUAGUGGGCUAAAAAUCAAGGAAACUCCAUUGGCUCAGCCCAAAGGACUGGAGAGUGAUCAGUUGGAUCCUCAGCCCAAGUGGAGAUCUUAUACAGGAGAACUUGAGGAGAUUGGUAAGAAAGAAUUGCAGUCAUUGGAUAGAAGACAAACCAAAGUGGAAGAUUCUGGAGUCCAGAGCAUGAAGAUUCAGAAACCAAUUUCUUCUGGUCGUGAGCCGAUUAAGAAGACUCAGGGUAGGAAGGAUGAAAUUGGUCUUGCUUAUGAAAACAGCAAUUUGGAUUAUCCUGGUAAAAAAGUUUCAGAUACGAGAGAGAGUUUUUCUACAACUUCAACAAUGCCAUUGGAGAAAGAUCAGAGAGUUAGGCAGUCUAAGGGAAAUCAGGAGCUCAAUGAUGAACUGAAAAUGAAGGCUAAUGAGCUUGAAAAGCUUUUUGCAGAGCACAAGCUUCGGGUUCCUGGGGAUCAGUCUCGUUCUGCACGGAGAAACAAGCUUGAUGACAAACAGAUGGAGCAGGCAGCAAGUUUGCAGUACAGAAAACCGGCAGCAGCUGAGAUUACUCCUAUGCAAUUGCCGAACAAAAACUCAGUUAUUGAGGGAGCUGGAAGUACCAAUCAAAUGGCAAAGUUCAAUACUCCUAGUCCGCUGAUGAAGGUGGUAGAUAAUCAGGAUUUUGGCAAUGCACUUGGGAAGAAUUUUUCUGAAACUAGCAUUACAGAAGAUUCCAGAGGAAAAUCCUAUGGGAGGUACAUGCAGAGAAGAGAUGCUAAACUGAGGGAAGAAUGGAAUUCUAAAAGAUCAGAAAAGGAAGCCAAGAUGAAGACUAUGCAGGAUAACCUUGAGUGGAGCAGAGCUGAGAUGAAGGCCAAGUUUUCUGCCUCUGCUGAGAAACAGGAUUCAUUUACUAGUGCUAGUCGGCGUGCAGAGAAACUCAGAUCUUUCAAUUUUCGAUCAAAUAUGAAGAGGGAGCAGCACCCAAUAGAUUCUUUUCAAAGUGAAGAUGAUGAGGACCUUUCUAAAGUUCCUGGGCAGAAACUUCAUGGACAGGACAAAAUUUUCAAUGAGUCAUCUGUUGGGGAUGUUGCAUCCAGAAGUGCUCAAACGAAGAAGCUUUUGCCUAACAAAAACUUGUCUUCGUCUACCCCCCGCACCACAUCCAAUUCAGUUCCACGGUCAUCAUCCAAAAUUUCUAAUACCAGUUCUGGGAAGCGAAGGAUGCAAUCCGAAAAUCCUCUUGUGCAGUCAGUUCCGAACUUCUCGGAUUUUAGGAAAGAAAACACAAAGCCUUCUUCUGGAGUCAGCAAAACAACCACCCGCCCACAGGCUAGAAACUUUGGCCGCAGCAAGAGUACCAAUGAAGAUGUACCAAAUGCCAAGGAAGAGAAGCCACGUCGGUCCCAGACCUUGAGAAAAAGCUUUGGUAAUCCAGUAGAGUUGAAGGAUUUGUCCCUGAACUCUGACAACUCUGUUUUGGCUCCACUAAAAUUUGAUAGAGAUCAGAUUGAACAUAGCUCGUAUGAGAAAUCUCCAAAGAAUGCUGAUUCAAAGCCUUUUCUCAGGAAGGGUAAUGGCAUAGGUCCUGGUGUUGGAGCUAGUUUUGCCAAGUUGAAGGCUUCAGUCCCAUCUGAAUGUUUGGAAAAUGAUGAAGAGUUUGAGGAAUCAGUCUUUGAGGCAGAAGAUUCAGUGGAUAUGGCCAAGGAGGAAGAAGAGGAAGAGCUUGAAACCAUUCAGGUUAAAGAUCAUGCUGGCAUGGAUAAUGGAAAAACAAGACUGAGCCAGGAAUCUGACAAUUCAACUAAUUCUGAGUCUGAAAUUGAUGAUUCCGUGAGAUCUCUUUCUCAGGUGGAUCCUACUUCUGUCGCUGAACUACCUGCUACUGAGCCUUCAACUUUCCAUGGUGUGCGGUCCUUGCAGGAUUCGCCAGGUGGAAGCCCUGUCUCAUGGAACUCACGCUUGAAUCAUCCAUUUUCAUUUCCACACGAAACCUCUGAUAUUGAUGCUUCUGUGGAUUCUCCAAUUGGGAGCCCUGCCUCCUGGAAUUCACAUAGUCUUACCCAAUCUGAGGCUGAUGCAGCUCGAAUGCGAAAGAAAUGGGGAACUGCUCAGAAGCCUAUUGUUGUUGCUAAUUCAUCCCACAAUCAGUCUCGUAAAGAUGUGACGAAAGGGUUCAAAAGGUUGUUGAAAUUUGGGAGGAAAAGUCGUGGGACUGAGAGUUUGGUUGACUGGAUCUCUGCAACAACUUCAGAAGGAGAUGAUGAUGCAGAAGAUGGGCGGGAUGCAGCCAAUCGGUCCUCAGAAGACUUGAGGAAGUCAAGAAUGGGAUUCUCACAGGGUCAUCCUUCUGAUGACAGCUUCACUGAGAGUGAAUUCAAUGAACAGGUUCAAGCCUUGCAAAGCUCUAUCCCAGUACCUCCGUCAAACUUCAAACUGAGGGAUGACCAUAUGUCUGGAAGCUCCUUAAAAGCUUCAAGAUCGUUUUUCUCGCUCUCAACUUUUCGAAGCAAGGGAAGUGAUUCAAAGCUUAGAUAAAAUUACCUCUGAGAGGAUUGGCCAGAGGCAGAGCAAAUGUGUUGGGUUAUCGGAAAGGGUAGGGUGUAAAGGAUUAUGAGAUAUGCACAAGCUUGAGGUAAGAACAAUACGAAUAUUUGUAGAUCUAGAAUGGACUGUGUAUACCUUCUUGGAUUCAUGAGGCCUUCCUCAUGGUUUAGUUGGUGAUAUGAUAGCGUGUUAAAAUAUUUUGUAUAUGUUACUGAAAGAAGAGUCACCUAUUUUUUUGGUUAUUUUCUUGUUGAAAUUUUGUGAAUGCUUGUAAUCAAUUUACGUCAGAGUUCUUUAUGCCUUUGAAUUCUGUUGGGAAUGAUAGGCACUUAUAGUUGAAAGUGAACUAGAGUUGGAAUAUGAACGUUUUAACUAGUGAUGAUGUGUACUUUGAUGUUU